CAGCGGCAGGAGGGAUCAGCAGCAGCAGAGCGCCGAAAAAACUCCUUUUUUUUAUAUACCAGCCUCCGUCCCUGCGGUGCUGCCCUCCCCUUUGCGUCGCUCUUCCAUUUCAGAAUCAGAAGGCGAUUGCACUUGCACAAGGCUGCUGUGCCUGACCGGACAAAGGAGGGAGGAAAAAAUAUAGAGUUAGUCACAGCACAGGGGGGUUGGGGAGAGGGAUUGAGAUAAAGAGAUUUAGGGAGGGAGGGAGAGAGACAAGGAGAGAGAGACAGAGGUGGUGGAGAGGAGCAGCUGGUCUCGGAGGCAAGCCUUUCACCGCCUCACCCAGAUAAAGAUGUGCUCCUCUUAGGUUAAGGUUGCUGCGGAAGAAGGGGGAGUUCUUGGCCGGGAUCCCGCCGACGAUGGUGACAGUGGCGCCGCCGGCAUGGGCAUAGCGGCGCCACCGUCUCAGCCAGGGCAGACCACCACGUACGUAAGCCAACCAAAGAGCAGCGCAGCGAUUUCCGCCGGCCGCCCGGCCACCGCGAGUUCUAUGUCCCACUCCCAGGGAUUCCACCAGGGCAGCGGCGGCGUCUUCGCCUUCUCCGAUGGCUUCGACCGCCCGGACUCCAGCCAUGACCAGCAGCAGCACGUGGCGCAGCAGAGCCGCCGCGAAAAGCUGAGGGUGCAGGGCUUCGACGCGGCAGCCACCGCCGGGCACGGCCUGCUCCCCAUCGAGGGCGACGAGCAUGCCGAGCCCGGGGCCAUGUACGAGCAUGCGGCGGCCGCCGGGGCCUCCAACAUGCUCUCCGAGAUGUUCAACUUCCCUGCGCCGCCGUCGGGACCAUCAACAACCGAGCUGCUGGCCAGCCAGAUGACCGCCAACUACCGCUUCGGGCUACGGCAGGGGCCAGGGGGGGUCGCCGGUUUGUCCGGCGACGGUAGUUGGUUCGGCGCCGGCGCGGCUGGCCGUGCUGGCUUGGUCCUUGGUGGGGCCAACCUUGGCUCGUUAGGUGAGACGUCAUCGCCAAAGCAGCAAGGCAGCAUGGCUGGCCUUGCCACCGACCCGGCCGCCGCGAUGCAGCUGUUCUUGAUGAACCCACAGCAGCAGCAGUCCAGAUCGUCGCCAACGUCGCCACCUCCGUCGGACGCACAGUCCGCUAUCCAACACCACGAGGCGUUCCAGGCGUUCGGCAGCACCGCGGCUCCGUUCGGCGGCGGUGGUGCCGGAGUGGUGGAAGGCCAGGGGCUGUCCCUCUCGCUAUCGCCGUCGCUGCAGCAGCUGGAGAUGGCGAAGCAGGCCGAGGAGCUGAGGGUCAGGGAUGGCGUGCUCUACUUCAAUCGGCAGCAGCAGCAGCAGCAGGGCCCGUCGGUGCAGCAGCUCCCCAUGGCAUUGCACGGCCAGGUCGGCGCGCUGGGUCAGCAGCUGCACGUCGGCUACGGCCCGGCCGGCGUCGCGGGUGUCCUGCGCAACUCCAAGUACACCCGCGCGGCGCAGGAGCUCCUCGAGGAGUUCUGCAGCGUCGGCCGCGGGCAGAUCAAGGGCGGUGCGCGAGGCGGGCGGGGGGCCUCGGCGUCCAACCCUAACGCUAGCAAGGGCGGCGCCUCCAGCUCCGGCGCCGCGCAGUCGCCGUCAUCCGCGUCAAAGGAGCCCCCGCAGCUGUCCCCCGCCGACCGGUUCGAGCACCAGCGCAAGAAGGCUAAGCUCAUCUCCAUGCUCGACGAGGUGGAUCGGAGGUACAACCACUACUGCGAUCAGAUGCAGAUGGUGGUGAACUUCUUCGACUCGGUGAUGGGGUUCGGCGCCGCGACGCCGUACACGGCGCUGGCGCAGAAGGCCAUGUCGCGGCACUUCCGGUGCCUCAAGGACGCCAUCGCGGCGCAGCUGCGGCACACGUGCGAGCUGCUGGGGGAGAAGGACGCCGGCACUAGCUCGGGCCUCACCAAGGGCGAGACGCCGCGGCUGCGCGCCAUCGACCAGAGCCUCCGGCAGCAGCGCGCCUUCCACCACAUGGGCAUGAUGGAGCAGGAGGCCUGGCGCCCCCAGCGCGGCCUCCCCGAGCGCUCCGUCAACAUCCUCCGCUCCUGGCUCUUCGAGCACUUCCUCCACCCGUACCCCAGCGACGCCGAUAAGCACCUGCUGGCGAGGCAGACCGGGCUCUCCAGGAACCAGGUCUCCAAUUGGUUCAUCAACGCCCGUGUCCGGCUAUGGAAGCCCAUGAUUGAGGAGAUGUACCAGCAGGAGUGCAAGGAGCUCGAGGGCUCCUCGGCCGGCGGCGGCGGCCCCGAGUCCGGUAACGACCACUCCGGCGCCGACGACACGACGACCGCUGGCACGCAGAUCCCGCAUCAGCAAUCUGGCAUGCACCAAGGCGGCAGGCACCUGCAGCAAGAACACGGCACGGCGCCCGGCGGCGUCAUGCCCCACAAGCCCGACCCUGGAGCCGCGGGGCCCUCGGCAGCGGACGACCCGGUGGAGCUCCUCGGCGGCGACGCGCACGUCGGCGGCGGCGCGGACGACCUGUACGGGCGGUUCGAGCCCGGGGUGAGGAUGCGGUACGGUCCCGCCGCGACCGGCGCGGCGGCCGGCGACGUGUCGCUGACGCUAGGCCUGCAGCACGCCGGGGCGGGCAACGCGGGGCCCGACGGCACCGGUCGGUUCUCCAUGAGAGACUACAGCGGUUGUUGAUAUGCUUAACUGCUUAUACAUCACCAUUCAUGGCUCGUGCCUGCAUGCAUCAUGCAUUUGGAGUAGAACCGAGGAAAGAGAGACAAAGAACAGAAACCAGCUGAAGCGAGAGGCAGAGGGAGCUGAGCAUCUAGAGAGAGAAAUUUGCAUGGUGCCUGGAGGUGAUGCAUGGGAUGGGAUAUAUGAAUAUGAGAUCGAUCACAAACCCUCUUCUUCUUCAGUUCUUCUUCCCAGAUGAUUCUUAAUUUACUUAGCUAGCAGAUUAAUUCCUUUUGUUAGGCAUUAUUGUUGGGGGGUUAAGGAUAAUUAAUCUGUAUACUCGAAGGAAGGUAGGAAGUGUAUGUUAUAGAUUGUUUAGUCACACACUUUUUUUUGGUUCUCUGUUUUGCAUUUUUUUUCUUUACCCGUUUUUGUUCUGGUGUACCCAUUUUUCUUUCCCUCUCUCUGUAACUAAACAUAAGAGAAACAUACAUACAUACGUAAAUAUAUACAUAUAUUGGGAUAUA